UUUUACUUUAUUUCCCAGCUCUUCUUCAUCCAACAUGUUCAUUCCAGUUUCACAGUAUCUUUGUCAGGCUGCUGUGAGAUCUGAAUAAACCUGAUCAAGAAAUGAUCUACUGUUGUCCUCACUGUAAAUCACUGUAGAUAAGAUGGUCAGUGAAAUGCACCGAACAUAAACACAUUUUAAUAUGUACAAGAGAUGACAAGCUAAUACCUGACAAAAACAGCAAACACAGACUGAAGUCACCAUGAGGAAGUGACACGUCACUCAUCACAGGAAGUAGAGGCUGAAUUCAUCUUUAAGAAUAAACCACCUCACAGACUUUGACAGUUGAGAGUCUGAGAACAAGAGACUGACAAAGUAGGAGAGAGACAGAGAAACAUGAUGGCUGAAUUCACAUGGAUUCAAAUGUCUUUAUUUCUGAUCCUGGUGCUUCAGUUUACAGCAGCAAAUGGACAAAACCCUUCAGUCCUCAUUGUCAGAGAUGAAGAUGAAGUCACUUUGUCCUGUGGACAUGUGAGAGAUGAUCAGGAUCAAUGUGACAGAACUACCUGGAUCUUCACUGGUUCAGGAAGCAGAUCAACAGUAACUCUGUUUGAACUUGGGAAGAUUCACAGAGCAGCCAAAUCUAAAUCAGACAGACUGAGUGUCACAGAGAACUGUUCUCUGGUUAUAAAGAAGGUCACAGUUGAGGAUGUUGGUCGUUACAGCUGCAGACAUUAUGACAGAUCAGGACGACAACAAGCUCCAGAUGCUCUGGUUGAACUGUCUGUUGUUACCAUGACUGAACAUGAGGACGAUGAUAAGAUCAUCUUGACCUGCUCUGUGUUUCCAUAUGGAGGCUGUAAAUACACAGUAGAGUGGCUGAAGGAUGAUUUCACAGUAAUGGAGACAUCACAUCAUUACUGUUCAGCCUCUGUGAACAUUAAAACAUCUCACCUGAAUGAGAUUCAGAAUUACAAUGCAUUAAAGUGUAAAGUGACAGAUACAGACACUGGAAAAGCAGAGUAUUUUAUCUUCAGCCUUCAGACCUCAAAGGAGAAAACAGAUCCAACAACAACAACAACAACAACUACUACUACUACUACUACUACUGCUGCUACUACUACUACUGCUGCUACUACUACUACUACUACAGCAACAACAACAACAGCCACAGCAGCAACCAUGAGAGAGAGAACAUCAGAAGGGACAAAUAAAAAAACCUCCACAAACGUUAACCCAACAAAACCACAAGGUGAGGAUGGAAGUGGAGUGAGAACAACAAUCAAACCAGGGACAUCAGGAGGAAAAAACAACACAACAUCUGCAAACAACAAUCCACAACCACAAGGUUGGUGGUGGUGGUGGCUCAUCAUUGUAGCUGGAGGUUUAGCAGCACUCAUAAUAUCUGUUGUUGUGUUCGUCAGAUGGAAGAAAACUAGAGGGAACCAAAGACAGACGGAUGGAAACAUGACUGAUCCUGAACGUGGUGUUUCCUACGCCUCCAUCAGCUACACCAAGAAGACCAAGAGUAAAGCUCGGGUUCAGGGUGAUGAUGGUGAAGGUGGUGCAGUGACCUACAGCACUGUGAAAGCCUCCUCCUCUUCUGCUGGAGCCUCCAUUGAUCUCAGCAACCUCUAUGCUACCAUCAAGUAACCAAACAAAUAACAUGUUACUUAUUAAAUAUAGCAUUAUAUUUUUAUAACAACUGCAUGAUUGUUUAGCUCAUAGAUUUAAAAUGUUAAGAGUUAUGAUGAGGAUGAUCUUAAUAGUUUCUCAUAUUGUUUCUUUUCUUGGCUUAGUUUUGGUAAAAUGACGACACAGUUACAAAAUGUUAAAUCAAUACAUUAUAACUGGCUGAUAACUGAUGUCCAUUACAGUGGACACAGGGUCUGAAUCUUAUUCAAUGUUUAACAGUAUCAGCUGUAUGAGACAUAAAGUCAUUGAGAGAGUUGAGACGCCAUCUAGAGGUGAACAGUGUGAAAAAGGGGAACAGACAUGAUAUAAACUGUACUCUUCAUACUGUGUCCACACAUUGGCACAAUGAGGAUUUUUAAAUCUGUUCAUGAAAUAUUUUACUCAUGUCCACAUUUUCUCUGAUUUGUUGUAAAUUAUUUACAGAAUGGUUUAACAUAUUUUAAGUAUGAAUCAUAUUUUUGUUUUUAAUGUUUUAAGUGUUUUCUGUAUAAUUGUAAAUUGGUCUGAAGUCACGUGACCAUAAACCCAACCCAUCCUUAUAAGAGCCCCAUUGGCUGAUGUGUAUGUGGAUGCAUGUGAUUGGUUGUUUUUGAAUUUUUCUACUUUACAGCUUCCUUAUCCAAAUGUUAUCUGUAGUAUGUUUUUAGAAUGACUUUGAUGAAGGACACAAA